GAGCUACUGUGAUGAGCAACGUCUCCUGGUGUAAAGAGCAACUAAAACUUCGCACAGUUUUUACCAAACAAAUCAUGUAAGUUUAGUCAUGCUGUUGGAGGCAGAUAAUGUUAGCUAAAUGAUGAGUUACACAUUGUAUAAUGUUUAGCUAGUUAACAUGAUUAGUUGUUGUUACCUGUUACAUCCCUUGCCAAGCUAAACCCAGUCGUCUUUCAUUUCUGUGCAGAAGUUGUGCUGACUGCUUUCCACAUAUUUAAAAUAAAUCUUCAUUGCCACAGAACAAAAUCAGGGAUGAGACAGACCAGAUAGUCUACAGCAGCAGGGAUCAUAUGCAGACUUUCCUCAGAGACACAUUGUCAGUGUUGGAUGUCAGGAUGGGACACACUUUUCUYCUACAUGUGCUGACUUCAUUGUUGUUCACUUUUCUUCUCUGCAAAGCUGCUCAAGAUAAACCUGAGUCCAUCCUGACUGUGUCUCCAUCAUGGCUGAGUCCUGGAGCUUCAGUGACUCUGAGCUGUGAGGUUAAACCUCCGUCUGCAGGAUGGAGGUUCUACUGGUACAAACUUGUUCCUGAUCUGGUACAAAAGAACUCUGCUCAACAAAGAUACCAGAGUGUUUAUACCAACACUUACAACUAUAAAUAUGAACUGAUAUAUGGUGGGACCGAACAGAACUCCUACAUCAUUGAUGAACAAAGACACACAGCAGGAUAUUCAUGUAGAGCUAAAAAAGGAAACCCAGAGGUUUUCAAUGAUUACAGUGAACCAAAAUUUGUCUGGUCUGCAGAUUCUGAAUUAGCAGCAUCUCUAACUGUGAGUCCUGAAAACAGGACACUUUUAACUGGAAAUGAGGUCUCAGUGAACUGUGGAGAAACCUCAGCCGAGUGGAGAUGUACUACAGAGCAGUGUACUGGUGUGAGUCUGGAUCUGGGGAGUUCAGUAAUGCUGUCAAUAUCACAAUACAUGAGUCCAUCCUGACUGUGUCUCCAUCAUGGCUGAGUCCUGGAGCCUCAGUGACUCUGAGCUGUGAGGUUAAACCUCCGUCUGCAGGAUGGAGGUUCUACUGGUAUAAAGCUGUUCCUGCUAAAUACUACUACAGAUAUGAGCUGCUGCCUGACAGCAUCAAUGGAACUGAACAGAACU